AGGCCCGCCCAGCGCCUCACUUCUUUUUCCAGCUAACCCUUGUAGUGCUUUGCUGCAAUGCCGGAGCCCGCAAAAUCCGCUCCCGCGCCCAAGAAGGGCUCGAAGAAGGCUGUUACCAAAGCCCAGAAGAAGGAUGGCAAGAAGCGCAAGCGCAGCCGCAAGGAGAGCUACUCCAUCUACGUGUACAAGGUGCUCAAGCAGGUGCACCCCGACACCGGCAUCUCGUCCAAGGCCAUGGGCAUCAUGAACUCCUUCGUCAACGACAUCUUCGAGCGCAUCGCCGGCGAGGCGUCGCGCCUGGCGCAUUACAACAAGCGCUCCACCAUCACGUCCCGGGAGAUCCAGACGGCCGUGCGCCUGCUGCUGCCCGGCGAGCUGGCCAAGCACGCCGUGUCCGAGGGCACCAAGGCCGUCACCAAGUACACCAGCUCCAAGUGAGUCCCGUCCGGGACGCGGCGCUCCUCGGAGUAGCCAGCUGCUUGACUCCAAAGGCUCUUUUAAGAGCCACCCACCUAAUCACCAGAAAGAGCUGUAGCUGUACGUUAAUUUUCCUUCGGUUUAUUUCCCCAAAGUAAGUUUUCCUGGCAAGGGUUACGGGGUUGGCACACGUAGCUUUUCAAACCUUUGGCUUUGGGUUCCUGAUCCGUGACAGGCUUUGCUCUUUGAAUUGAGGGCGCGUCUUUAACCUCUUCCUGUGCUCUUUGUUUUCCGGAGUCCGUUCUAAAUGAGGUUAGAGUCGGCUCCUCCCACCCUCCGGCCCUGGACUGGUGGCCUGGUGCCUCGGGUAUGUUUCAUCGGCUUUUUAAAACGAAGUGACUUCUGCCAUCUUCAUAAGAAAGGACACCAGCACACGACCGAGCCCAGGUUCCUCGAACACUGCGUCACAACCCUGAAGGAUUUUCCCGAGAAUCUGAUAGCUGCGGUGGUGCCGGCAACUAGUUCUGCCCUGCGAUGUGGCCUGGGGACACCAGCGAUUCUGAGCACUUGGAGCAGAGCCCGGGCGCAGGGUCUCCUCUUCCUGGGUGGAUUACAUUAACAUUCAAAACUACUCGCCGUUCUGAAAUUCAUAGGUUCUGGUUUCCUCUGCUCACUUGGCUUUGAAGUCCCUAUUCUCAUUUUUGUGGGUAAUUUUUACAUUUAAUAUUGUUUCCAAACUAUCUUUUUUUAAUUAUCAUUUAUCCUCCCUACUCUUCCCCUCCCCUAAAAUCACUGCACUGUUGUCCAUGAGUUCUUUCUUGCUCAAUCCCUCCACCCUCCUCCCCCAUUUAGAAAGAUCUGAAUUUAGGUUACUUCAAGGCACUGGUCAUUUUGGUCCAGGCUCAAAGACACCUCAUUUUCCAAGUCACCCACUCAAGAAUUUGCACUUUUCCUCCUUUUCUGUCUUGGUCCCUCCUGGUUUUAUCUUCCUCCUAGCAGCCAUCAGAAAUUGGAUCUGUUUAUUUUGUUAUAGUUUUUCUCAAGCCCUUCACACUUUGUUGGUCUGGCUUUCCGUUAUAUCAUCAGCACUAUUAAAUGCCUGGCACAUAGUGGAGGGACACUUAAGUACUUAACAUUUAUUGAAUUUUCUUAUCACACCCCUUAAUCAUUUCCAUGGAAGGAUGGGUGUGGUUCAUUUCCAUUAGUUGUAUGUGAAAACAUGAAAAUGGAACUGUUUUGUGGAGUUUCCCAAAUCUGUUGGUGGUCACACCUCAGGGCAACAGCUAGGAGGAGGCCCCUGUUAUGAUUCUUUUUGUCCCUCCAUGCCCUCUGCCUCCCCCUCCCAUACUUUAGCCCUUUGUUCCACACUGAGAUGAGCUUUAAUUUACACUUACCAGUCUCAUUUGCUUUUUAGGAGACCAUGUAAGACAGACCCUGUAAGAUAUGCAAGGCUAAUAACCCUUUUAUAAACACGAUUGAGAGAAGCAAAGUGAUCGGUCCACUGGCCAUGCAUGCAGCUGACGUUGUCCACCAUUGUACCCUCAGAUGUGAGGACAGUUGCAUUUUAGUUUUAUUUAGUUGAAUCUUUCUGUCCAAGCCUUGAUUUUGCUGAUAAAUACACUGAUGGUCUGAUCAAUUAUUCAACUCUGCUUUUGGCUAAGGAGUCCUGGAGUCGAUUGCAGGGGUUUUAUGAAUCCAAAUGGACACUAGACAUUAUUAUACACUGAAUAAAUCUUAUGUUUCCUACAUGUGUGUUUUCAAAUGGGUGCAGAUGGUAUUGUUAAUAAAGCUACCAGUCAAUUUAA